CUGGUAACGUCUCCUUUUCAUAUUGUUUGGCUGCAGAAAAUUUGUGUAUUUCUGUUCGAACUAAGGUUCUUCCUGGGUUAAAAAACCUACAACGCGUCUAAACAAUUUGGAGAUCAAUUCCUUUUGCUGCAAAUAUUUAAAUUCGGUGGAUUCGUUCAUAUGUAUUCCUUAUAACGCAUUAUACGGUUGUAGUUGCAGAAUAGUAGCCUAUAGUAAGAGCAAAUGCAAUCUUUUUACAGCAAUUCCAUUGAUUUGUUUUUGAUUGUUCUGUUCCAAUGGUCACGUGUGCACCUCAUCCAAUCAAAUGGCGGUAUGCUCUCAAUUUAUUAGCUGACUGAAGCUUUGUGAGGGGGGAAGUUGCCUCUCCAUUUUCACAGAUUAUUUUGUGAGCGUGUUACUGUAUGUGUGUGUUAGUGUUUUUAUGUGUGUAUGCAUGAGUGCGACCCCACCAUGUCGACAUCCGGCGCUCUGACAGGAUACUACGUUGACUCUCUUAUUGUACCAGAGAAUGAGGAGACUCGCUUCUCAGGUUCAGGGCUCAUCCAGCACACCAGGCCCUCUGUUCUACCCGCAGACCACACAGAGCUCGGUCGAAGCACAUUCCCGGUAAAGCAGCCCGUAUAUGAUGGCUCAGGUUGGGGCCAUAUCCCAACGCAUUUCUCCAGUGAUGUAUCAUCAGUGUAUCAGUCGCAUACACAGCCUCCCAUAGCUAGGGAUUACGUGCAGCCUUGGCUGCUGGACUCGCCUUGUGAACUGCCUCUUACUGAGCUACAGGCGGUCCACCAUCACUAUCAUGCCAAAUCAACGCAUAGAACGAAUAAUGACGGCGCACAUGCCAGUUCGCAUGCUGUACUCCCUCUCGGGGACUUCAGUAACGGAGGAUGUUCUACCGACACAGAGACAGCAUUUGGCCGGACUGCAGACACGGCUGGCGAGAUCGAGGAUAAACUAGGCGCUGAUCCAAAAAACCCUGUGUCCAACUGGCUUCACGCGAGCUCUUCGCGCAAAAAACGCUGCCCUUAUACUAAGCACCAGAUCCUCGAGCUGGAGAAAGAAUUUUUAUUUAGCACAUACCUCACGCGCGACCGCAGGUACGAGGUUGCCCGUCUCCUGAACCUCACGGAAAGACAGAUCAAAAUUUGGUUCCAAAACCGCAGGAUGAAGAUGAAAAAAAUAAACAAUGGUGGAACGAAAGACAACUGAGAGUAAAGCACUUUGUGUAGGUGAGAAUGAAGGAUGAUCAUCCCUUUUGAUAAAAUGAUGAUGUCGUGAAGUUUUAUAUUGACGCUUGUGUCAUUCUUUUCAAGCGAACCAUAAGUGUCGUCUGUUUUAAAGCAUGCUGGGAUCCAGUCGUUUGAUACAUUAGAUUGGGCUACUUGUUUGUCAUAAGUGGUUCUGUCUUAUUGAACAUUUCACAAAUUGCACAUUAAUCUAUCAUAUACAGCCUUCAUUACAGCUCAGUAUUUCACUUGUGCUUAUUAUGAAUGAAUGUUGGAGCUAUAUGUGCUAUUCCAAUGCGAUUAUAGCGUAUAUCAAUGUUUAUUUAGGACUUAAUAGUUUAUGUUCUAUAGCAUUUUCCUAAAUUUCGAGUGGAAGAAUUGGGCCCAGGCUUAUGUAGAGUUCAUACACUGAGGACUACAUGAGGUCACGUGUCCUCAGAAUUUUUAUUUAAUAAUAAACGAUGGUAUAAACGUAGUCUAACCAUUUACAUAAAGUCCAUCCACUAUAUCUAUCCUAUUUUGUUAAGCGACCAAACCUUUACGCCAUAUGAGCCGAUACAGUGUUGUGUAAUGUUAUUGGAUAAAGUCUGAUUUUCAAGGACUGAGUGAAAAUGUAUAAAAUAUUGAAUUUUAGGCUUAAAAUAAGCAAUGCUGGCAAUUUUACAAAUACCUCAUGGUCUGUUGUGUUUUGUUUACUUUUUCUCAGGUGUAAUUUGUGAUUUAUUUAUUUAAAUAAUAAAAGCAAAAGUCUCCACUAUUAAAUUCUGUAUUCCUCGUGAUAUAUAUACAUUUUAAAGUUUUAAUAUACAUAUUGUGCUUUUCUAAAUCUUGAGAUUAAAUAUUUUUUAAGAUGUAUUUUGCAUCCCAUGGGAACAGAAAAAUGUUGAAUUUCUUGUAGAUUUUGUUUUUGUAAUGUUCCUGUUUUUUUUUUUUUUAGUUAUUAUUAUUUUUUUAUAUUAUUUGUUUUUAUGGUUUUGAUGAAUGGGUCUACAGUAAACAUAAAUGAAACUAUAUAUUAGAAAGGAUGAAGGCCAAAUUUUGUAUAGUGGGAGCCUAUAAUAUAUUUUGUUUACACGAAAAAUGUUCUACCUCUUUCAGCUUUGCCUUUCAAGCCUUAUACACAAACAUUACCCAAACGAAAAUUGAAGUAUUGCACAGACCUGCCAUAAUUUCUGAGGAAUGUGUUCUGAGUCGAGGCUAUGUUGGGCGAGUUUAGACUCGGGAGGGAUACAGGGCCGUAGACCGAUCUGGCCGAUAAGGUUGUUAGCUGCAUACUAACAAUUACUGCUAUAACCGUUUAUGGGGUGCAAAGCGCUGCGAGCCGAGAGAACGCAAAAUAACAAAGUUGUUACGAGGCUCGACAGCUGAGGCCAGUGAAUAACUUGCCAUGUGUGCAUGAAUCUGUGGAAUUAAAAGAAUGAAGUCUUCAUGGCCCCGUACUCCCAUGAUGAGGUGCUUUUGUUCAACUAUA